GGCGUCCUGGUGACGCACGGCGCAUGUCUCCGGGGUAACUGGGCUGGCUGGGCGCGCGCUGCUCCGCGGUGUGAGAGGCGGACCGGGUUCGGGAUUCUGCGCUCGGGAGAUUCGGACGGACCGGAGCGGCGGAGGCGCAGCAUGCUCAACAUGUGGCGAGUGCGCGAGCUGAUGGAUAAAGCUACCAACGUAGUGAUGAACUACUCUGAGAUCGAGUCCAAGGUUCGAGAAGCCACCAAUGACGACCCGUGGGGCCCGUCGGGUCAGCUCAUGGGCGAGAUCGCCAAAUCCACGUUUAUGUACGAGCAGUUCCCUGAGGUGAUGAACAUGCUGUGGACUAGAAUGCUGAAAGACAAUAAAAAGAACUGGAGAAGAGUUUAUAAGGCCUUACUACUACUAGCGUACCUCAUCAGGAACGGGUCGGAGCGAGUGGUGACGAGCGCCAGGGAGCACAUCUACGACCUGCGCUCGCUGGAGAAUUACCACUUUGUAGAUGAAAACGGUAAGGACCAGGGCAUUAACGUGCGGCAGAAGGUGAAGGAGAUGGUGGAGUUCGUGCAGGACGACGACCGGUUACGGGAGGAGAGGAAAAAGGCCAAGAAGAACAAGGACAAGUACAUCGGCGUGUCGUCGGACAGCAUGGGCGGCUUCAGGCAGAGUAACUCGGGAGAGCGUUUGGACGCGGAGUCUAAAACGAAGUGGGAUGAGGACUGGGAUAAGAGUAAAGGAGGAUUUCCCUUCAGCGAGAAACUCGGAGAGAUCAGCGAUAAAAUCGGCAGCACCAUCGACGACACCAUUAACAAGUUUCGCAAGAAGGAGCGAGACGAUUCGCCGGACCGGAUCAGUGAUAAUGAGGAGGACAGAACGUCGCAGAACGGCCGGCCGGCUAAAUCUGAGUUUAAGGACGAGGAGGAAACGGCGACGACCAAAAGUGCCCCGAUUACACCGACCACAGACUCCGCCUCCUCCGCCGCCGCACGCAAACGGGGGGGUGUACCGUCCAAAACCGUGGACCUGGGAGCUGCUGCACAUUACACCGGAGACAAGAACAGUCCGGAUACAGAGAACGCUAAGUCUAACCCGGGUCUGUCUGAUUUGUUUCUGGUGGACUCCGGAGUGAAUCAGCCCUCGCCUGCAGGCGGUGGUUCAGAUCUCAUAACGGGCUUCGCUGAUUUCUCCUCUCCAGCUGCUUCUGCUAGUCUGCCUGCAGCGUCCGGACCGGUAUCUGCUGGUAAUGGCGAGUUCGGAGACUGGAACGCUUUCUCCUCGGCGAGUCCUCCCGCCUCCGCCGGCUCCUCCACUGUCCCCGACCUCUUCAGCGAUAUACCCCCACCCACCUCCAACCCCGCCCCCUCCUCCACCCCCUCCGCCCAGCCCCCCUCCGCCGACCUCUUCCACCUGAUGGGCUCCAACCACAGCAAUCUCAGCUCCUCCCAAAGCAUGACCUUCAGCAUGUGCCCUCAGGGCACCGGGCUGCCCAUGUCCCGAUCACAGACUUUAGGGGGACCCAUCCACAGUUUGGGGGGUCCUCUGCUGCCGCAGCAGAUGGGUGUUCAGAAGCCCGGUGGGAAAGUCUCCAUGCCCGCCACGUGGUCCGACCCGAGCGUCAACAUCAGCCUGGACUUCCUGUCUAUGGGCAUGAACCCUCCCAAACCCUCCCAGCCCACCCUCAACACCAUGAUGCAGCAAGGCGUUCAGCCGCCCGUCAGCCUGGUCGCCCAGAACUUUGCUGGAAUGUCUCUCAGCGCCCAGCCUGCAGGCGUGGCCCCCAGACCACCCAUCAACCCCAUGGUUGGCGGUGGGGGCAUGGGCAUGGGCAUGCCACCCACUAUGGCGACGGGCACCAUGGGAAUGGGCUCCAUGGGCAUUGGAGGAGUGCCUGCCGGUCAGGGACUAAUGGGGGGGAUGAACAUGAACGUGGCACCCGUUGGCAUGGGCCUUCCCGGUGGCCUUGGCAUGGCUGGGAUGGGUCAAGGCGUGAACCCGGCCGUGUUACAACCCAAACAAGAUGCCUUCGCGAAUUUCGGCAACUUUGGAAAAUGAAGGAGGAAGAGAGGAGGAGCGUGAGGAACGAGUAAAUGGAGUAACUGGUCCAAAUAAACCUUCUGAAAAGGGGGGAGCU